AUGCCUCAAUUUCGCGUUCCGAGAAACCUGGAGGUACCCUAUCCUGAACACGAAUUACCUCCAACAUACUUGAUCAAUCACGACAUCAAGCCGAUUGAGCGUGAACGGCGGAAAUGGGGGUCGCUCGCCUUCCUCUCGCUAUGGAGUGUAGUGGCCUUUAACAUGAGCAAUCUCCAAUUAGGAUCUUCCCUACUCUCCGUUGGCUUGAAUUGGUGGCAAAGUAUUGUGGCAACCCUCCUUGGUCACAUCAUUGCAGCUGGAUUGGUGGUACUUGUGUCUUUCCCAGGAUUAUACUAUCACAUCUCCUUUCCCCUAUCACAAAGAAUGACUUGGGGGUUUAACGGUGCAAUCUUUGUGGUUCUGAAUCGAAUCCUCCUGUCGAUCAUCUGGUUCGGCGUCCAAAGCUGGCAGGGAGGAUUGAUGACAUACGUAUGUCUCAGAGCGUGGUUCCCUAGUAUCGACAACCUACCUCCAACGUUCUCGCCCUCGACUGGGAUGAACCUUGCACAGUUUGUGGGCUUCAUCGUCUUUUUCGUUCUGCAGUUGCCAUUUCUCCUGUUGAAGCCAGUUCCACUUCGAUACCUUGCAUACGUCAGCACCGUUAUGGGAUUCAUCGUUCAGCUUGUCCUUGUGGUCUGGGCUUGCUCAACCAUGGAAUCGUUUGGUGACAUACUGAGCAAUAAACAGAGCGUUGGCGGAGGACAACUUGGAUGGUCAUUUGUCUUCGGCAUUACCGUUACCAUGUCAAGCAUCACCAGUGGCACUCUUUCGGUUUGCGAUUAUACUCGGUUUGCAAAGCGGCCACAAUCAGGCAUCUUGCCUCAACUUGCCGGCUUCUUCCCUGCCUGGCUCUCGAACGUGUUUGGUAUAUUGACAGUGGCCGGUACCCAAAAGAGAUUCGGAGCAGAGCUUUGGAGUGUUGUGCAGCUGUUGAUGGCUAUUCAGGACCAGAAUUCCACUACUGCCACACGCUGUGCCGUUUGGUUUGCUGGAUUCUCAUUCCUCAUAAAUCAGCUUGCUCUCAAUGUUAUAGGGAACUCCUUCUCUGGCGGCACAGACAUGGCUUCACUUCUGCCGAAGUAUAUCAAUAUUCGACGUGGACAAUAUUUGACAGCACUGCUAGGACUUGUGAUCAAUCCAUGGUACUUGGUCUCCGGAGCUCUGGUAUUCCUGAGUGUCAUGUCGGCAUAUACCGUCUUCCUUCAGCCAUUCCUUGGAACAGUGGCUGCCAGUUAUUUUGUCUUGUACAGACAACGCAUCAAGGUUUCGGAUUUGUACAAGCUCAGCGGUAACAUAUACUGGUACAAUUACGGCGUAAACUGGAGGGCUAUUGUUUCCUGGAUGGUCGGCGUUGCGCCUCAUCUCCCGGGUUUCCUCCACACAGUCAACCCUACAAUAAAGGUUGGUGCAGGAGCAGAGCACAUGUACCUUUUGACGGCCAUCAGUAGUUUUGUGAUCAGUUUCACCAUGACGGUACUGCUUGGGUAUAUCUUCCCUGUCCAAGCCCAGCAGGAUUUUGUGAACUCGACCACCCGUGAGGAGGCAAUCCAACUCAAGGAAGAUUUCAUCAAUGGCUCCGAUAUCAUGCGUGGGGUGGAAGUGCCAUGGGAUCCUGUGACUGGAGACAAGAGCUCUCAUAUCUCGGAAGUUGAAAAGGAUUCUGAGAAGAACCAAUAG